UUGAAGGUGAAGAAGAAGAAACAGCCGAACAGUAAAACACACUAGGUCGCCUUCCGAGUUUUUCUUCAAAGUGCUCCAUUUUCUUCAAGUGAAACAAUCGAAAACAACAAGUGGAUGUCGUCUUUCUCUCUGGUAGCAAAGGGAAAGAUUUAGUUUCUUGAUGAUUUUCUCUCCAACUCGACCGUCUUUUGUUAGCCAGCUAGCUUAGCCAGUUGGCACGACGCGUUUUUGGAACUAGUGACAGAAUGGGUCGAGGACGACCACACAUGGGACCUCCCGGGAUGGACGCACCACCGUUUGACAUGGGUCCACCCCCUGGUUGUGGUCCUCCACCACCGGGUGCUUGGCCCCCGCCGCCUGGAGGAUGGGGCCCGCCCCCGCCCGGUGGCUGGGGUUCUCCUCCUCCUGGCCAAUGGGGCCCGCCCCCGCCCGGUGGCUGGGGCCCGCCCCCACCUGAUGGCUGGGGCCCUCCUCCACCUGGUGACUGUGGCCCCCCACCUGGCCCUCCACCACCGGGUGGCUGGGGUCCCCCACCACCCGGGGGUUGGGGCCCUCUACCACCCGGGGGUUGGGGGCCUCCACCACCCGGGGGUUGGGGCCCUCCGCCGCCUGGUGGCUGGGGUCCACCACCUGGUGGCUGGGGUCCUCCUCCUCCUGAUGGAUGGGGCCCGAACGGACCUCCGCCACCAGGCUGGGGACCCCCUAAUUGGGAACCUGACAUGCCUCCUCCUCCAGGUUGGCAUCCACAUGGUCCUCCUGAGCCGUGGGGACCCGGCCUUUCACAACCUCCUGAUACUGUUCCCCCACCUGACUCUAUUCCCAUUCCCCCAGUUCCCCCUCCAGGCUGCAUGCCUCCUUUUGUCUUUCCAGGAUUUCCCCCAGGCUGGACGGGGGAGGGGACAGCCAGCACAGCGCCGGACCAGCCCGAGUGGCUUAAAGCCUUGAUUUUAGCACCGCCCACUGGCACAAUCCCAGGUCAGACCGAGAUCACUGCGAAGGCCAGUGGUGCUCUUACUACAACGGCCGACAAUGCUCCCAAAGCAGAAGCGCAAUCUGCCAAGGCCGCCAAGCUGUUAAACCUGCUGGGAAAGCGUGAAAUAGAGAAGCCCCCCCCGGGCAGGUCCACGGGAAUCAUCUCCUUCAUUGGGCCUACAUGUGGUUACAUCGAGCGAGAAGACAACGAGAAGUUCAGCUUCACCUUCAAGGUUUUCUUCGGAAACCCCAAAGCCAUGAAGCCUGGCGUCCGCGUCCACUUCACCGCCUGCAAGGAGAAGGAAAAUCACAUUGCCACAGAUGUGAAAGUGGCUCCGGGUGGAACAGAGCACGUGGAUCCGGACAUCUACGAAGCCGUGGUCAGUCAGCCCAUCGCGGAGCCGCAGCCUGGCGAGCGUCAGUUCCCCGGUCAGGUGGACGUCAACAUCCAGCCUCUGAGGACCACCCUGACCUUUGACAAGAAGGACAGCAUGGUGACACUGCUGAAGAAUGACCAGGUUCUCCUCAACCUGCUGACCGACAUCGCCACGGAAAAGAAGCGAGCCACCAACAUCCGACCCAAAAUUCCCGCCACCUUCGAGUUCACCAAAGAGACUCGAGAGACGGGUGUCAUCAUCCGUGUGGACAACAGUGAAGGAGUCAUCAAGUCCGACAAACAUGGCGAGCUCCCAUUUAGCAUCAAGGAAAAUUUCAGUGACAUCGAUUUUACUGACGAGGACGUCAAUGAGGAAGUGGAGUUCACCUUGCACCAGCUGCGAGCAGGUAACCGGGCUAUCCGCAUCCGCCGCGUGAAGGAGCAGCUACUUUUGACGCUCUGUAGCCCCCCCUCAAAGGACACGAGCACUGACACCAGUAAGAAAUCUGCCAUCCAGCCCACAAAUAGGGCCAAGCAAAAGCUGUUGCCCAACAUGUGGCUGGACCCCGAGCUGUAUGAGGGCGUGGUCAGCCAACCCAUCAUUGAACCCAAGCCCAACAUGGACGGUUACCCGGGUCAGAUCAACGCCAACAUCGGCACCAUCCGAACCAAUGUUACCUUCGACCACAGAGACUGUGGCGUGACCCUGCUGAAGAACGAUCAAGUGCUCCUCAGCCUGCUGGUGGACUUGAAGACCUGCAAGAAGAGAGCGGCCAACAUCAGACCCAAGAUCCCGUUCACCUUCGCCCACACUAACGAGAAGCGAGAACUGGGCGUCAUCAACAGCCUGGGAGACUAUGAGGGCGUCCUCAUCUCUGAGGAGCACGGCGAGCUGUCUUUCAACCUCAGCGAAAACUUCAGCGACACAGAGUUCAAUGCGGACGAUGUCAACAAGGAGGUGGAGUUCACGGUGGCCCUGGUGAAGGAGCAGAACAGGGCUGUCAGGCUGAGGAGGACCAAGAUGGUGGAGGACCGAAUCCUAACUGAGAAGAAGAGGCAGGAAGAGGAGGCGGAGCAAAAGGAAUUGGACAGGAAGCGGAAGGAGGCAGCGGCAGCGGCUCUUGCAGCUGCCAAGGACAAGUGGACGCCGCUUGGCUUCAACGUCCAAAUACCUCACACGCCUGACGAAAUUAGCAAGGAGCGAUUUGAUGGCACCGUCCUCAAAGUCCCACCAAAGCAGAUUAAGGUGGACCCUGACGAUGAGCAAGGGGGAGGAGUCGAGAUCGGACAAAUAAAUGCUGACUUAAAGAUCCACAUUAAAAAGGAGAAACUGGACGAGGAUCAGGAGGAAGAGGUGGAAGGUAGAACUGAGAGCCACUUCCCGCCCACUGAGGGGUUGGGUCGACUGGUGAUGACCAUCGAGGGUCAGCAGAAGCAGCUGACCUUUGGCCCAGCUGACCUGAUGACCAAAGCCACCAUGUUGGAAGGAGACAAGGUGCGCUUCAAUGUGGCCACCAAUCAGGAGACCAAAGAAGAACAUGCCGCCUUUGUGGAAAUUCUUCCCAGCUCCUUUGAAGAGUCCACUGAACAACGAAGACAAGGUAUUGUGAUUGAGUUCUCUGACAAUUCAGGAGUCAUCAAGUGCACGCAGAACCCUCAGCUCUUCUUCUACAUGUCUGAGGUCAUCGAGAAAAAGAAACUCGAGCUGAAUGAAAAGGUCGACUUCAGCGUCAUCCCGCAUGAAUUCGCAGAGGGUGGGAACCAGGCCAUCAGGAUCAAACGUUUCACUGAGAGUGUUUUUUUACCCGCACGAAAACUGUGUACUGUAGCUGCAAGUAAAGGGAAGAUGACCAUCAAAUUGGCAAACCCCUCAAAGUCAGAGAAAGAGAUACUGAAGACAGACAAGCUAAAGACUGUAGUGAAAAAUUUGAGAGCCCAGGAUAGCAAGUCCAGUUUAAGCAGGCAUGGCAGCAGCAGGAGUCCAAGUAGAAGCCGUAGUCGGAGCCCAUCCAGAGACAAAUUUGGACGUGAAAUCAAACGGCGACGCAGCAACAGUCUUGAACGAGACCGCAAAAGCAGCAGGUAUCGACAAAGCACUAGUCGGGAAAGGUCACGGCGACAUACGAGAAGUCGCAGCCGAAGCAGGAGUCGAAGCAGGAGUCGAGACCAAUCAGGCAGGAAGAGGAGUAAAGUCAGUCGAGAGCGUGAUGAAGGACACAAGAGGAGGAGGGAGUCAAGCCCUUCUCCGAGAGGUCGGGGGGGCAGAAUGGAUGAUGAGCUGGCUAGAAAGAAGCGGGAACUGGAGGAGCUAAAUGAGAUGAUUGCCUUCAAAAAGUCACUGGUGGAUCCCAGAGGACUAGACUCUGGACAGAGGACGUGCAUCGACUAUGAUCACGGCAGGAUCGCCAACCCUGAGUUCAAACCUGUCCAGUCUAUUUUGAAGAAACGACCAGACGACCUUGAAUACUCCCAUCUUCCUCCACCUUAUAAAAGCCCUUUCUAUGUUAAACCAUACCACUAUGCUGAUAGCUACGGUAACCCCUAUGCUCGAGGACUAUAUGGUGACCCUUCCUACACUGAUCGGCCAUAUGAAGGCCAUCCAUAUGGGAAACCGCUGUACGAAGGCCCUUCAACCAGCAGUCGCCGUUACACAGACCGCUAUGAAGUUUACGAAGAAACUUAUGAUGAUCAAUACUACGAGACGGCAUAUGUGCACCAGCUUCGUCAAGGUCCACAUGACGUGGUCAAAACAAGUCAGUCUCCAGAACCCUGUGGUCCUUCGGCCCGGACUCGUCAAGUUGCUUCUCCCACAGAGGCAAUGAGUAAAAGCCCAUCCCCAAACCGGAAAAAUCCAACCCCACCGUUGGUCGAGAAGCCACCACUUCAUCGCUUUCUGGACAUGCUUAAAAAAAAUGCUGAAAAGAUGCCAGAAGCUAUUGCCGCAAAUGACGAACUUCUGCCACAUGAGCGGGCACUUGAAGAUGGCAAGGGUUUUUCUCGCAUUGUGGGGCUGGCUCAAGAGCCCUCCGGCUCCAGUGUGGCCUUAGAGCAGGAAAAGACAUCACCAAGCCCGAAACAACCCUCAGUGGAGCAAAGCAAGAGCGAGGCAGAGUCCUACAGCAAGAUCCAGACUUUGCUGCGUACAAUUGGCCUGAAACUGUCGCAAGACGACAUGUCCAAGCUGGCCAGCCGCAACCAGGACACAAGCUACCGCUCAAAGUCCUCCUCCGCAGACCGAGAGUUGUCUUCAACACCCCAGGAAGAACAUCAUCAAAGUGGAACUUCCUCAGUUGAGGCGGACCGCAUUCGUCCACCCUCCCCUUCCAGUCCAUCCACUUUAGAGCCCCUCAGGAGGAAGACAGCUAUCUCAGAAUACGAAGAAUUCCUUGAUCAACAAGAGCUGGAAACACUAAAAAAGGCUACAGAACAGCAAAAUCUUACAAAGAAGAUGGGAAGCACGUCUACACCGAAACCUCCCCCUGGCCCUCCUCCUGCACACUACCAACAUCCAUCCCCUCCAAUAAACUGGCCCCCCCUCGACAUAAUUUCAACCCCUAAAAUUCCUCCUGCUGCUGGUCGACUUCCUCCUGGACCACCCCCUGGACCUCCUCCUAGACGGCCUCCUGGACAGCCUCCUUUCAUUGGCAAGCCAGCCGUAGCUCCGGCCCUUGACUCCGCGGCCCAGGUAACACAGUCAUCUUCCUCGACUGUGGCCAUGAUGAGUUCUACGAGCAACGACCAGUCCACAAUCUCUUCUACAGUGGACAGAUGCCUAAAGGUCAUUGAGUCUGUCAAGUCUCUGGCUGUGAAGCCGGCAGCUAAAUCGGUCCAGUUCAAUUUACCGUCUGUUUACCUAAGCUCAUUGGGCCCUGUCGAUGACCUCAAGACCAAGCAGCAGGAGAAGUUGGACUUGUACAAUCAGAAGAUUUUGGAGAAGCGAGAACAGCAGUUCAAGGAAAUGCAAGCCCGUAAGAAACAAGGCGAAAAGAUGACCUGUCCAGGCACGCCGGUCAGCAGUGAGCCCAAGAAUGUUUGGAUUUGUGGUCAUUCGCUGGUGUACUGGGCAGAGAUGCGGGCCAAAUCUCCGGAGGUAGGUAUGCAGCUGGGCAUGGACCCCAGCAAGGUGGCUGUCUGGUGGAAGGGGGUCCAAGGCAUGACAUGGCCCCAGCUGCUACCCCUGCUCCACCAACUCCAGGUCACCUGGCCCGACCCGGACGUCCUCAUCAUGCACCUUGGUGGCAACGACCUGAGCACAGACAGUCCCACCAACCUGCUGGCCUCUGUCAAAAAGGACUUGACCUCCAUGAGGACCAUCUUCCCGCGCUGUGUCCUCGUUUGGUCUAAUAUCCUUCCCCGCAGGGUGUGGCGCCACUCGGACGACACCCAUGAAGUAGAUCUAGUCCGGAGCACAGUCAACCGCAGAAUACAUAGCAUCAUCUCGGAGUUAGGCGGCACGUCUCUGGCCCAUGACAACAUUCGCUGCAGCUCACACAGUGGUUUGUACCGGCCCGAUGGCGUCCAUUUGUCCCACAAAGGAAUUGACAUGUUCAAUUUGAACCUGCAAGAUUUUCUGGAAAAGUGGGAUGCGGAAGCCAACACCACCUCCCACUGA